AAUAAAGUAAAAUUGACCUUAGCAUGUUUCUUAUGUAAGUCCUUCAGGUUUUCGUUCGGUUCAGCAUGAGUGGAUGGUAUUGCUGCCAUAACCACAAAUUUUCUAUGCUUUCGCUUGACUUCAGAUGCGUACUCUCGGAAGCUUUCCUGCUGUUAUCUUGUGAAUAAUUUUGUGACAUUCACCUAUCAUUUCGAUUUGAUUUCUGAAAACAUAUGUCUAUGCUGGAUCGGUUGCACGAAGGGAAGAAUAUUGUGAAACACGAAGACCGACCUAAAAGGCGUGAAAAACGUCCCGAAAUCGCCUUGUAUGUUCCGAAGGGCCGGCAGUUGCCUAGUGAAUCGGACCAGUCUGCACAAUCGAAGAAACCGCCUGUAGCCCGAGAUCCGAGCAGAAAAGGGGUUGAUGGCGUAACGAAUGGAAAGCGGACUUCCACCGAUGGGAAAUCGUACCCUUCAACCUCAGAGGUUGAUAGAAACGCGAAAUCUGGCUUUCCUACCAUGACUUAUACCCCGAAGAACCGUUCGCGAACCAACUCAGUGGUGUCUGAAAGUAGUGAAAGUCUCUGUUCCUUUUCCUCGCGGAGUCGUAAGCAGCGUGAUCACCGCCCUCCUAAACCGAGUGUCGUAGCCAAAGAAUCCGCAGAGAACGUUCGUAACGAAAAACCAAUUGCCAUGAACGGUCCGUCAAGACUCGAGGACAAGCCCGCACCACUGGGAGAGAAUUCUUUGAAUCACAUCGAUCGUUCCUUGGCGUCCGACGUGAGACACAUGACCAUUACUGAGUCGCUAAGAAGUCAGCAACUUGAGAAACGUCAUGAAGCUUUUGAAGAAAGCGUCGAAUGUAGUCCUGUACCUGGAAUUGCGGAAUGUCCCGCGAAAGAAACUUGUGUAACGAGUUGGUGUGAUGAAGUAGAGGAUGCAAUUGCCAAAAACGUCCUUAAAGCAGAAGUUGAGGAUCUCUCUAAGAAAACUACUAACGAGAAACACAAGGACGAACCGAGUCGUCAAAGAAAAAAGAGGGAGAGGAGGAAAAGGGGCGAGAAGCCUUCUGAUAAAGAACCUCAUCGAGAAACCAAAAAAAUACUCGAACAGAUACCGAACGAAAAACGUUUGGUUGGCGUUUUGAAAGUGUCCCGUCGUGAUCUCCAGAUGCACUCAAAAACUGCGGAAGCGAGCAAACGUGAAGCUUUCAUUGUUCAGUCCCCUGUGUCGAAGGGAGCCACUCGGCAACUUUUCGAUCCAAAAAAUCCCCAGAAACCACUCGUCAUUCGGAUUCAAAAUGAAAGAGCGAGGAAGUCGCCUGUGGACGACGAAUUGGUCCCGCACGGAGUCAAGUCUCCGACACCCGUGGCCAGUGCACCGUAUGAAGUAAUGCGGCAUCCUCAGCCGUUUCCGGUUCAUCAAAUACCUGUUUGCGAAAACCCUGGGUUUAGUGGACAACUCAGUUCUCGCGUUGAUCAAAAUGCACUGGUCGCCCUAAUGCAAUGCACUUCCCAACUUGAAGCGCUUCGUCGCUCCAAUACUUUGGCUGCGGAUUGGGGGAAAGCAACUGAAUUGAGGACCCGACUUUUUGGUGUGUACAAAGCCUUGCUGGUUGGUGACUUGAAGUUCUUUGAAGCGAAUGACUUGGAACAGAUGUUGUGGAAGAAUGUGUUUUAUUCUGUGAUUGAGUGGCUUCGGCAUGGAUGUGAUCCUAAGAAUAAUUUCCCGGAUCGUGUUGUUGAGAAGCAUCGGGAACUUCUUGUGGAAACCAUUAAUCAAGGCAAAGCGUAUUUCACUAUGCUACUUGAAACUCUGGAAUCAACGUAUAAGUUUAACCUGGAAGAUUACAUCGAAGGUGAUGAAGGGUGCGAUGGAAACUGGGCCAGGUUAAGACCAGGGAUGAUUUCUCUUGCUCUGCUUUCCGCGCAAAAGAUCUGUCUUUACAUGGGAGAUCUUGCUCGUUACAAGGAAUGCCAUUGCGAAGGCUCACCUCCAGUGCCGACACCGGACAGCCCGGCUCUUAAAACUGCGAGAAGACAUUAUGUCAAAGCGAUGGAGCUGAACCCCAAGAAUUCACGAUGUUACAACCAGAUGGCAUACAUUUCUCUCUACAAUGGUCGCAAGUUGGACGCCGUUUAUUACUAUUCAAGAAGCUUGAUGACUGUGAAUCCUUUCCAAUCUGCAAAGGAGAGUCUACUGAACAUUUUCGAAUCUCUCCAUCGGAAGUGGGAUGAGCGUCGUAAAGAAGCUAGUGCUGCGGUGCAGAAACCUGUGGUGAAGCAUUGGAAACCGUCUCGGGGUGAAAUUUGGAUUCAUCCGGAUGAAGCUUUUCUCGAUGACCAGCCUGUGGAGAAUACGCCUGUCGUAGGGAAUUCGUUAACGAACGUACCUCGUUCUCAGCUGGUGAAAGAUUUCACGACGAGUUUUCUGCUGAUACAUGGGAUGUUGUUCACAAAAGUCAAUUUUGAAGCUUUCGAAGAUGCCGCUUUAGACACAAUGCGCCUCUUCAGAGCUUGCGUACAGUUGGAUCCGUUUCCAUUCACUAUGCAAAAGCUUUUGCAAUAUUUGAUCCUAAAUAUGUUUGCCGUCGAAAUGAACUCUCCAAAAGUUGGAAUGGCUGAUGGAGAUGCGCACAGAGCAGUUAUCUGCGAGCACGCUGUCAUGUUACUGUUGGAAAUGGUGUCCGUUUUACUGGAGCAAGCAUGUUGUAACUUAUUCGACGUCCUUCGCCACAAUGCGGUUGGAACUAGUUCUUCACAGUCGUUUGAAAUUGACGUGGCUGCCUUGAACCCUAACGCUGUUCUGAAAGCUCAAGACUUGGCUUCCGCCGGCGUUUCCACGGUUUACUUGCCUAUUGCCAAAAUUUGGUGUGAUUGGUUGAUCUCCCAUGACAAUGUUUGGAGUCCUGCUCCUCCACUACCUCAGUAUCACAUUACGUCCAAGGAUGUGUGGCAAAAUCUAGCGGAUUUCGUAACCUUGUUGCAGCGGUUCAAUGUGAACGACAUCGCUUUAUUGGAAGGAUCUCAUGGUGACGCUUCGCCAUUAGGAUACAGAGCCGUUUGGCUCCCGGAGGAUAAAAUGACUCUGGGAUUCUAUCCAAUGUCUGCUUCUCAUGACCCAGUUGAUCCCGUCUUUUCCGAUGCCAAUGUACCAAAGGAAACUUCUGAAAUCGCCAUAAGAAUUUCAAAAGUGAAAACUUGCUGCGAGUAUAUGUGUGGAUUGGAUCCCCCUUUCAUCAAAUAUACGAGUUCUGCGAAUGCUUUCAUCUCUGUUGUGCCUGUGAAAAGAAUCGACGUCGAGGAACCUCCGGUUGCUGAAUAUGGCGAUGGUCGAUAUCAGGAAGCUGAAAACGAGACCUUCAAGUCCCAUCCAAGUGGAAAAUCAAAGCGUGGGGUUGCUGAUCGAAAAGCGGAUAUGACCACUGUUUUCCAAAGUGUCAAAUCGGGGGAAAGAGAAGGACGUGUAGAGCUUCAGGUUACCCCGAAGUACUUGAUACCGGACACGAACUGCGUCAUUGACAGCUUUGAAUAUCUGAGAGAACUCAUUGAACGACCUGGUUUGCCGUAUUCCGUCGUAGUUCCUUCGCCAGUCAUGGAGGAGCUUCGCUAUAUAGCAUAUAAUGCAACUGGUCGAAGCGAAGAAUUGUCGUGCGCUUGCCAAAAUGCCUACGAGUAUUUGGAAAAGGCGACUCGAGGUGUGUGGUUUUGCACCACACGUGGUUCGCUGAUGUCCAAGUGGUCGUCUAUGGGAGAAUGUGCGGAUGGAAACGGGGGAUCUUGGUUCAAGACCUUGAGGGAUCCGAAGACAGAUCGAAUGAACGAUGAGAUUAUUUUGAGUUGCUGUCGAAAUGUGGCGAAGAAUAAUCCGUCGGCUCGCCCUGGACGCACGCGUUCAGCAGUGUUGAAACGGCACGUGGUUUUGCUGACGAGUGACAGGAACCUUCGAGUUCGCGGCCGGUCACAGGAUGAAGACCCAGUACCUUCAGUUCCCUUGUCGGAAUUUCUCCGCUGGGCGAAAAUCGACAAGUGAUUUGAAAAGUUGAUUUCCCGGCGGAAUGCACAUUUUUUUCCGUAUUGCCCUCCGCGGAGAAACGAAAACGAACCUUUGGCGAACGGUUCAAACAGAGACUCUUUGGUUGUCGGGAGAAGGAAAACGAGAGAAAAGUCUCGUUUCUGGUGAUGAUCGAAGGAAAAGAAAAGCUUCGUAUCAGCGUUGGGCGGCUGGAAUUUGGGGUAGGGGACUAAGAUUGGUUUCGUUUAGGAAGGGUGAAGUUGAGGACGCAGUCGUCUUGCGUGGGAUUUGAUUCGCAGUUGAGUGAUUGAUCGAAUUGCGAGGAUGGGUUUUGCGAAAAAUUCCCCUUCAAUCUGUCUAGUCCUUCGUUCGAUAGCUUGCCAUCUGUGUGUGCUGCGGCUCUGGGGAAUUCAAUUUCAUCUUCGGUGGAUUCAUGUGAAACUGCCACUUGAGAAUAUCUAAUGGUGUAGGCGAAAAAUAAUUUUAAGGAACCUCUGUUUUAUUCAAUUAUUCAUUUAUUUUGGGGAAACGCAUUUUGACGUUAUCCGCAGAAACCCAUUUCCAUUUUGCUUGGCCCUAGCGUAGAAUAUCCAUAAAAGUUGAAUUUAUGUGAUAAAUUCCUGGGUACUUGAAUAGCGAGAAAACUUGAUGAGCACUAAAAACGGGUUCGAGGGGUCGCUUUCAUUAUCUCUGAGAGAAUCUGCAAAGUUGUUCCGAGAACCUUUCGCAUUGAAACUUUUGAAAAAAUUUCCUCCGUGCGGUACUUUAAAACUCUGCUUUUCCGUGGGAUCAAAAUUCGGGGAAAUAAAAUUAUUCGAAAAUGUAUAAAAAAUAAUUCAUUGCAGGGAAUGGAGAUUAAUAGGCUGGUAAAGGAGUUCAUGGCUCGUGAAUCAGGUGUAUUAUGUGCUGAAUUCAAAUAAUGGACGUUCUACUCGUGGGGAAAGGUGAUCAACUUGGAAUGCAUAACAAAGGCUUGAGUGGCUCUUCCGUUGAAAUUAAUUUUUAUGAAUUUCCUACGAGUUUUGAGAACCCCUUUACGACUGAUGGUAAGAGACGUCACGGUUUCAGUCGAGGGAAAUUUUUUUUGGGUAAUGAAGAGGUAGUUUUUGUAAUGAUAACACGUUGCUGUUGUUUGUUAUGCAUCUUGUGGCUGGGAUAAUCUUUUUGAGAAAUUUCCCUCAAAAAAUUUUUAUUUAGUUAAAAAAUCUCCCAAUUCCUUGUGCAAGAAACUUUUCUGUAUUGUUUAUUGCAGUCGUGACGCCAUCAUGUCCCUUUUGAGUAGUUGUGUACUCCUUUUGUAGCGAGUUCUCAGUUGUUAUUGCUUUGAAAAGCACCAUGUCCGAACACAUGACUCGUGAAGAAACUAUCAUUAGCGCGUGUGCUCAAAGUAGCGUCAGUCCCCAACAGCGAAAGUACGAAGUAGCAGAAUGAAAAUGCGAAAAACAGUAAUACAGUUAUGCAAAAUCAUUGUACAAUCGUGAAGUUUGGUAAGGGCACAUCUUAUUUUUCUGAAUAAGACAUUCUCGUGAAUAUAGACAAUUUAGUACAAUAUAUUAUAACUUUUAUCUUGGGUUAUUUAUGAUUCUCUAAUCCUUGUCUGUUUUUUUCAUUAUUUUUCAUGCUUGACAUAUUUUGACCGGUUUUGGGACGCGUUCAACUUUCCAGGAUUUCUUUGCAGAACAGGUAGAAUUUUUUGGUACGCCUUUGGAUUGAAAAAAAAAAUUCUUGGAUCCCUAUUUCCGCAGUUCAUAAUUUAAGGCAAGGGUGGUUUGAAGUUUAAGCGUCUUGUUACACAUGAAUCCACUGCAGAAGAGAAUCGUGCGAAUUAGUUGGAAAGUCUCACGAGCCGCAAGUUUACGAGGAGGCCCUAUUUUAUUUUAUUUUUCCUUUGACGUAGUACAAGAAUCUGUUGGGAAAGGAAAGAAGUUUCCUACAGACAUCUGUGACUGCGGGAAAUUUGCAUUUUGGAUGUUGGUAUUAUUCUCUUGAUCCUUGCAUCAAGUUUUAGUGACGUGAAGAGAAAAUCGGCAUUCUACGCUUUCGGAAAUUUUCAGGAAUAGUUCAAUUUUUUUUCUACCCCGACGACGAAAAUUUUAAGUAUGUGGAUUUUAAUUUUGAAACACUGAGCGUGUUUUGGUCUUGUAUUUCUUUAUUCCGGUCUUCACUGUUUGAAUUUGCUCAUCUGUUUUGAUUUUACCACCACUUGUUGCUUGACAUUUCUAGGUGAGAAAAAUUUUUACUCGUG